AGUCAACAAACGGAGCUGCCCUGCAGCAAAAUGCAACAACUGGAGGCACUUUCGCUCUUUUUCUACCUUUCUACCCAGUGUUUUUUAGCUAGAGGUUAGGACUCAAGACACAUGUCUCUAACAAGUAAACUUUUGGAAGUAUUAUGAAUUGUUACUUUGUUUACAUUACAAUUAAAGAGUCAUACUUUGUGAAAGUUGAACGCUCAGCCCCGCGAUGGCGAGUGAACCUCCUCUGUCGAGCGUGAACGUCGUGCUUGUGAUGGCUUAUGGAAGUUUGGUGUUUGUUUUGUUGUUCAUCUUCAUGAAAAGACAAAUAAUGAGGUUUGCCAUGAAGUCCAGAAGAGGACCUCACGCUCCUAUCGGACACAACGCCCCUAAGGAGCUGAGACAACUGAUAGAAGCCAAACUGCACCAGGUCCAAAGGAUUCAGUUUGAGCCCCGUCUGCUCUCUCCAGAUGACGACAGGCUCACGUUGGCUUCCUGUGAUUACAAGUACAGAAUGAGAGCAUUAGAUGCCAUCAGAGAUACAGACUUCCCUUUUCGUGAGCUGGGUGGAGCCUCAACAGCUGUAACAGGAAAGCGGUUUCGAACAUGGCUUCUCCAGCUCCGAACCUCACACUGUCUAUUUCAGAACAGCCAAAGCUCUCUCAUUGACACUGUAUUGGAGGGUUAUAAUAAAGCCCGCCACGGCUCAGAGGCUUUUGGAGAAGCUGAAUUUGUAAAAUACCAAGAAGCUUUGAAUGAAUUGGCAUCUCUUGUGAAGUCCCACAGCAGCAGUAGCGCCUCUGUGGCUCAGCAUCAGAGUGCAGCCAAAGAUCUGACCAGCAGCACAGAACCCACCUCACUCACCUCCCCCACCCAGAGCACUUCCCUCAUGGCCCAACGCAAGAGACCCAGGAACCUUCUGGAGCUUAAGAACUUCAAAGACAACUAUAACACACUGGACAGUACACUUUAAGUACCUAUGGCCUAACAGAAUGUCUUCGUAGUGCCUACAGACGUAACUGCACUGCCUUCGUACUAGGGAUGUAACAAUAACUGAAAUAUCGUGAUAUAAUAUCGUUGAAAGUCUUACAAUAAUAUCAUGGUCUGUCACACUGUAACGAAUCACAAAGCUCCUUUGCUUAAAUGCCUUGUUUUGUUGUAGCAGCUAAAAAAACAGAGGAAACUACAUAGACCAUGAUCCUUUGCGCUGUUUCAGUGCAGACAACAUGAAGAAAUAACUGUUAUUUCUUUGGAUUAUGGUACUAAUGAUUCCCUUCAAGUCUUUUGAAGACAUUUUAAGAGGAAAAAGUAGCAUUUCAGAAAUUAAGUUGACAUCUCCAAAUUAUUGCAAUAGAUACCGUACCAUGAGAUUUGGAUAUCAUUACAUCCCUACUUUGUACCUGCACAGAAAGCCUGGUUUACAGCCUACUACAUAUCAAAGCACUCACACAAUACUUAUAGUUGCUUUUACUGUUACCGCACGGCUGUCUCCUCAAAAAAGCCAUUGCACUUAAGAGUUGUUUGACCAAAAUAUAUUUAGCAUCAGACAAUCAGUAUUUAUUGCACAGUAUGAAGCUAUGCAGCAUUGUUACACUAACUUAGCACGUCCACUGUUUGCAUUUGUGCCAUGACCUACAACAGUAAAAGGUAAUGGGCUUCACUGAGUACAACACCAAUGUUAUGUCGAGUAUCUUGUCUUUUCUGUUUACACACUGUGCCUGUAUUUGUUUGGCCUUAAUCUUUGUUUUAUAAAAGCCAUACUUGAAAAGACAAAACUAUACUGAUUUACUCACUCCUGUAUUGUCAUGUUACUGCCAAUAGAACAAUAUAAUGUACUUUAUUAAGGAAAAUAGAGCCAACAUGUAUUGCCUUACAAUUUGCUGCUUGAGUAAAAUUGUAAAAACAAACAAAAAAAAAAAAACUAUUUGUCGUGUGAAUGUUUUUCCAGCAGAGGGCGCCCUUGUACUUAAGUUUCGUGACAGAAUUUAUAACAUUGCAGUAGGGUUGUUAAAAGUAUUAAAACUCUGAUGGUAAUCGAUGCUUUAACUAGUAUAGAAACUGGAUACUAAUUUGAACAAGUAUCCAUACUAAAAAAUUAACAUUCACAGGACAUUGUUAAUUAUCACAGAAAUUUUUAAUAGCUUUAGAAUGAUCUUGAAAAUGAUGAUUAUGUUGAAAGUCAUUUUUUUGUUUAAAGAAAGUAUUUUAAAAAUGUCA